GGAGGAAGACAAAGAGGCCGUAGUUUCCGGGAGUCCGCUGUAUACACCGACAGUCCGAAGUCACUUGAGAAGAGAAAAACCUGCUGCAGAGAGUGACACAAGCUUGGGACACCACACAGAUGAGGCCCGCCCCUAGCGGCCUGGACAGGCCCAGCAGCCAGAGCCCAAAAAGCCAGGGCUGUGCUCUCUUGGGAAGGAGGAGGAGGCAGCCCUAGGGAGCAGAAUUCAGCUCAGACCAAGCACAGGGACAGAGCUUCGUGAGUGUGACUGCGCUCCUUCCUCUCUGCCAGCACAAUCCCCGGGAGGCCUCCGGAUGGCCGAGCCACGUGGCCGUGAGCUGGAGGCUGAGUGCCCUGUCUGCUGGAACCCCUUCAACAACACAUUCCACACCCCCAAAGUGCUGGACUGCUGCCACUCUUUCUGCGUGGAAUGCCUGGCCCACCUCAGCCUGGUGACUCCUGCCCGGCGCCGCUUGCUUUGCCCACUCUGUCGCCAGCCCACCAUCCUGGCCUCGGGGCAGCCAGUCACUGACUUGCCCACAGACACUGCCAUGCUGACCUUGCUCCGCCUGGAGCCCCACCACGUCAUCCUGGAAGGGCGUCAGCUCUGUCUCAAGGACCAGCCCAAGAGCCGCUACUUCCUGCGCCAACCUCGAGUCUACACACUGGACCUCGGCCCUGACCCUGGGAGCCAGACCGGCCCCCCCCAGGACACAGCCCCUGCCACCGGACCCAGGCCCAUUCCCGUCCCCAGCCACUACUCUCUGAGGGAGUGUGUCCGCAACCCGCAGUUUCGGAUCUUUGCCUACUUGAUGGCUGUCAUCCUCAGCGUCACUCUGCUGCUCAUCGUCUCCAUUUUUUGGACCAAGCAGUUCCUUUGGGGUGUGGGGUGAGUGCUUGCUCAUGGACAAGGAGCAAGCUGCUGGGGAUGGGGACCGCAUACCCUCACCUGGCGUUGUGCUUUUUUGUAGUAUUGCUCAAUUUACCAUCCAGGGAUCGGUGUUAGGCCAUAUAUUUGCUUCUGGGAACAGAAAAGGCCCCACUAUGAGGGAAAUUUAAAAAAAAAAGAGCAAAACCAAAAGUUGAAGGACGGGGGGAACUGAGACCUCCUGGUGUGAACCAUGGGGGCCAUGGAGGACACGGAAGUGGUUCUAUGGCUACAGAGCCACACAGCAAACUGUGCCAAAGGGCUGGACAAUGGUAUCCAGGAACCUGGCUAGCCCAAACAACAAAUUACGUUUCUCAACGGAGCUGCUUUGGACUCAGUUCACCACUUCAUUAUGUGUUGCUAAAAAUUUUGAAAAAUGAGUUUCAAUUCUGAGGGCAAAUGUGCUUGUCUCUUCAGCUAUUUGGUUGUCUUGCUACCAGUCCCAGGAAAAUGGUCUGCAUUCAUUAAUUCAUUCAUUUAUUCAUUCCACAAAAAUUGUUCAGGAAGGUGCAGGAGCAACAGGUAAGAUAUCUAGGGGUGGCAGAUGGCCCCCAGCAAAAGAGAGGGGACAUUCAUUCAGCAGCUUCUUCUGUAAGACCUUGUGUCAGCAUGUAGCUCUUGGAGAGUUAGGGGAUAAGAAUCUAACAGUGAAAGAAGCCAGAUCACUGAAUUAAGCAUCUGGAAUUUGGAGGAAUAGGUCUUUAGUCCUGCUAGUAGGUGCAGAGGCUCUGACUAGACAGGGUACAGAGCAGAGCUCAGACUCUACUCCUUGCAGUACCAUAAUUUUGGCCUCAAGAGGAAAGACAAACUCCUGGCAGAGGCAAAACCUGAGCUCCAGUCCCAAGCCACAGUAGGUGUGUGUGUGUGUGUGUGUGUGUGUGUGUGUGUGUGUGUGUGUGUGUGUGGUGGGCGCUGGUUUUCACUUUACACCACAGAAUCUAGAAACCAAGGAAAUAGCAUGUGAAUGAUCAGGCUGCUGCUUGGCAGAUCGACACCUCCAGUGCCUAAAAUCAAUUUCUGUUUUCUGUUUCCCUAGUUUUAAACUGGUCUAGUGGUUCAGGGCUCUGAAACAGUCCCCAUAUGGCUAAAACAUCACAUUAUGAAAAAGUAACAUUUUGAAUUUUGAAAGACUGUAUAAUAAACUACCAAAGGGCAGAACUUGAGUCACUUUUACUUUUUAAAUCGAGUUUUAAUGGGGCUGUCUAUAUAUUCCUUAGGGGUCUUAAUAUACAAGAUUAUUUCUUGCAUUGAGCAAAACAAUAUGAUUUUAAGCUCCAAGUGAGGAAAAAGUCUCCAUUACGAAGUUGGAAAGCUGCAACGUAUCCCAGCAGGGACCAGCACCUGUCUCUCCGCUUAGCCAUUGAAGGUAAUUACACUGACGCUGCAACUCAAUCUCUCCCCACUGACUUCGUUUUUUUGUAUGUCUUAGGCUCCUUAACUCUGUGGCAGGUUAAGUUAGGCAAUGAUCUCACCAUCGCUGUCUGAGCUGAGGGACAGGCUCCAGCUGCUCAGUACAGGGCACAGAGCAGCCAGGGGAUGCCCAGGAAGGGACACUGGCCUCUGCAGUAUGGCCUGCUGGUCUAAGUAACUUCACUCCCACUGUACUGAUGAAACUCAGGCUCUGAAAGCUCAGCUGCCUUCUUUAAGGUCACCUUGCUAAUUAGUAGUUGUUUUCACUCAAAGUAGAACUUUUCUUCUUGGAGUGACUGCUACACCAUGCAAAUAAGAGAGUUCUGAGUUACUUCAGAUAGGGAAGAUAUACUAAAUAUCACAGCACCCUCAAUUUUCACGCUCAGCAGUUCCACACUGGGGCAGUCCCACCAUCUCAUAGGUCAUUUGCAAAUGUGUGAAAACACCUCUGAUACUCAACGAAGUGGGUACUUCUGUGUUUAUUGCACAGGUCAGGGACACUUGAGACCUGCUGCAAUACUCAUGGUUAUCCCAAAAUGCAAAUGAGCAUCCCGUUGAACAAUACACCAUGCUGCUCCCAAGUUCCCAAAGCAGCAACAGGGAAAUUAACUCCAUUCAGCAUGACGUCAGACAGCAAGUGACAUACUGAUAGGGCAGUGUUACAAAACGGACUGUACAGGAAACAGGCCAUACUGAUCUGAACGGUCUUGCUGCCAGGGUGGCCAAUACAUUCAGCCCUACAGAAUAUCUUCAUAAGAUCACAAAUGGUUAAAAAGACAACUCAAAUUUAGUUCCAACACUUCCUAGGUGGGUAAUCUUCAGUGUUUUAAGCAUGUUUUGCUUGUAAAAAGGGAAUAAAUUCAUAUGAUUAUGAGGGUCAAACAAUACGUCUAAAUGUGCCUUGUACAUUAUGUAGGCUGGAAGUACUCUGUUAAGUGAUGGCUAUGAUGUCAUGAUUUCAUCAUGACUGUCAUGAAAUGCUACAUCUUGGCCUUGGGUUUCUCAGCAAAUAAUUUCUUACAAUGAUGUCUGAACAAAUGGUUAUUCCACCAACCUGCCAAAGGGUUAGACAUUUUGCCCAAAUGUUACCCUUUUGGAACCACCAAAAUACAAAAGACAAGUCUAACGGACCUAAUAAAUUCAAACCUGAGAAACUAAA